UGGGGGCGGGACUUGGUAACUGGCAGCCAGGGCUGUGUAAUGCCCCCGGGUGGGUACGGGCUGUAGGUGACGGUGGUGUCCGGGUGGGUAUGGGCUGUCGGUGUGCGGGGCUCAUUCCGGGAAGAUGAAGAAGUUCUUCGGUAUCGGGAAGAAGAAGAAGAGCGGGCCCUCUCCCAGCCCUUCGGAGAGCGGCAGUGUGCUGUCUGUGGGCUACGAGCUGAAGGACAAGGACCUGAGCAAGUUACACCGGGCUACCUCCGCCGGAGAUGUCCCCAAGAUCAGGCAGCUGCUGCACAAGCAGGACAUCAACCAAGUGGAUAAAGAGAACCGAACACCUUUACAUCUUGCUUGUGCUAAUGGACAUCUGGAUGCUGUGAGGUUGCUGGUAGAAAGCAAGGCAAAGUUAAAUCUUUGUGACAAUGACAGUCGAACUCCUUUAUUCAAGUCUAUACAGUGUCAGCAUGAGCACUGCGCUACUGUUUUGUUGGAGCACGAUGCAGAUCCCAAUGUUGUAGAUGUCAAUGGAAAUUCAGCCUUUCAUCUUGCUGCUCUUAUUCCAUCUCUGGCCAUAGCAAAUCAGCUACUGGAACAUGGAGCUAACAUUAAUACUGUAAAUAAAGAUGGUUGUACACCACUUGUUCUAGCAGCUACUGAAAAUCACGAGGAAAUGGUUGAAUUUUUAAUUAAAGAAGGAGCUGACGUGAAUUCAAAGGACAAAAAUGGAAGAACAUCUUUAAUGGUUGCUGCAGGCAAUGGUCAGAUCAGUUUAGUGAAGUAUUUACUACAAAAUAAUGCUGAUAUCUUUGUAAAAGACGAGACUGGAUGGACUGCUGAUGAUCAUGCUGUUAUGAAUGGCCAUCAUGCUUGUUCACAUUUAAUUAUCGAACACGGUUCAAAAAAUAAGCGUUCAUCCCUUUACAGUGGUGGUAAAAAGGGCACAUCCGUAUUUAACAGUCCUGAUCGAGUUGUGGAAGGAGGAUUUGCUUUGGGCAGCCCAGCUAUAAAUAAAGAAGGAACCGAUGACUUUUCCCAAGGUGACUCCGAAUCCCAUGUUUCUGGAAAAGCAGACUCCUGGCCUUCCUCUGAUGAAGAUGACUUAGAUUUCAGUCCAAAGAUAACAUCUAAGCCAAAUUUAACACAGCUACUGAGCUCCAAAAAAAAAGUUAAUGAAAGCUUUGCCCUACAGAGUAAAUCAGAUAGUGAUGAAGACUCUUUUCAUGAUAGUGAAGAUGAAGAUGCAAACAUUCCGUCCCCUCCUAAGACUGUUCCCGAAAUCCCUUCCUUUCCUCAACCUUUGAUUUUCUCACCUGGCUCCUUUACAAAACCUUCCCAGCUGGCUUCUGCUUCCCUCCACAGCAUUAUUAAGGAAAAAUCUUUUUCAAGUGAUGAAGGUGAAGAUGAUAAUGAAGGCAGUGAAAGUUCUGAACAUUCAUUCACAGCAAAUACUGCUGGGCAAGCAAGGGUACAAGCCGGUGGAGAUGUGGGCAGGAAAGUUGUACUAAUGUCAGAGCUUGGACUGGAAGAUGAUGAUGUUGAAUCACCUUGGGAUUCUGAGUCUGCCUCAGACAGCCCAAGAAAGCAGUCUACCAGUGACAUGCCUACACCUGCUGCUCCGGUCCAUAUGCAGUGUAUUUCAGAGGAAUCCCAUGGGGAUAUGCAUUACCGUCCUUGUUUUCUUAAACAUUCAAGAAGUUGUAAGAUGCAGGAUGAGGACUGGCUCUAUAGACAGAGCGAGGUUUCUGAGAAAAGUACAUCUCUGGGAGCUAAUAAGCCACAGAAAACAGUUUUGCAAAUGAAUAAUGGCUCCUCUACUAACUCGGUGUCAAAAAUAAAUGAAAGAAACAGCAAAUCAGAUCUCAUGGCAGAUUUGGGCCUAGAUGAUGCAGAUGAUAUUGAAGAUGCAUCCGAUUGGGACUCUACAAGCCAUUCUCUUAAAUACUCUUCUCAUACGCCGAGAAGUGUGGCUCAAUCCCAUCAUAAGCUAAAUGAAAGUACAUCUCCACAAACCAUCCUUGACAGUGCUUCAGCAAAAGGCACAGCAGCUUCCCUGUCUGUAGCAUUAAGUUCAGUACAAGAAGAUGACAUCGAAGAGCAUGUCAAUCUGAAAAAGGACAGCGCACAGAGCAUAUCCAAGGACGUUUCACAAGAUUUACGGAAAAGGGAACAUGGUUUACCAAAUGGAAAAACAAUAAUAAAGGAUCAGAGUUUCCUAAUGAAUGAGCAUAUAAUAAUGACGUCCAACUUUAAAGUGAAUCCUGAGCCAAUCAAUCAGGAGGGGAUUUCCCAACAGCCACUUGAAAACCUGCCUGUCAUGCAAAACGUUGACGAAAAACAGGAGUCUUCUGACUCUGAUCUUCCUUGGGAGGAAAAAUAUGAAAACCUGUGGGUCGACAGUGAAAAAAAAGACGUGAAAUCUCAUUUUAAAGACAUUACUGCAGAGCUAAAGCAGAAAUUUGGGGAAUUCUCAAAAAUGAAGAAAAAAAGUCCUUCCAAGACUAGUAAAAGUCAAGAGGAGAGCUCCCCUGGCUCUCAGGAUCUAGACAAAUGCAUUGGACAAGGAGCUAAAACUUCAGGCAGUAUUGUAAUGUAUCCGGUUAGUGUUGAGAAGGAUGAUAAGAGUCUUGGAAACAGCGAGUCAACUGACUGGAGUGAAGACCCAAAAAGCAAAAUGCAGGAAGGAUUUUUGGUUGCACCGAACCAUGGUGAGAAAGGUUCAAACCACAUAAAUCUGCUAGAAAAAGAACAGAAACCUUUUACAUUUGGAGUUUCUAACUUUCUUAUAAAGAAGAAUGUAGGACAUCCAUCUGCAUUACCAACCAAAGGCGUUGGGAAGAGUUUUCUCAAUCCAGACUUUGAAAAAUUAGGAAGUGCAUCAUUGCAAGCUAAAGAUAAAGUUGGAUGUGUGAAUAGGAAGGAAAGUGAUGUGCAUCCAUCUAAAGGUUACAAUCAGAAGGUGAUAGCCAGUCCUCAUCAGCUGGAAGAACAUCUGCUGCAGCCCUUGUCUUAUGAUUUGCCUACUAAGCAUAAGGAUAAGCAAAUGGAGCAAGAUAUGAGAAAAUUUAAGAAUGAGGUAGGAGUGCUACAGUUGGAAUUCCUGAAUUUGACAAGAGAGCGAUCACAACUGCAAAAAGAGGUAGAGGUUGAGCGAGAAAAGACUAAUAUAAACAGACAAUUGGAUCUGGAAAAAUCUAAAAGAAACUGUGACACAGAGAAUGAUCUGCAAGAAAAAUCACAUAUUCAACCAAAAAUUACAUCAGAAUCCAACUCUUAUGAAGGGAAAAAUUUCAGACCUUCUAUCCAGUCCGGAUCAAUGAAAGAUGAUGAUAAUAUUUCCAAAGUACAGAAGCAAAUGGAGAAUGGAGAUGUGCUGAAAGGACUUGAUGGCCAAACACUUAGUGAGACAUCACAGAAACCUGGCAAAAGGGCAGCCGAUAAACCUGUUGAUGAAAAGUCUAAGGACAAUGAUGACGAGGAUAUGGAUGACUUUUCACAAUCAUCAGGCUCAGUAACUGAAGAAUAUGAAGUCCCUACCUCUGCAUUUAGAAAUGCCAUGCUGUUGAUUGAGCAACUUAAUCUCGAAGGCCAAGAUUCUGUGAAUGUGUUGAAAAUGCAAAAUAUUAUUCAUGAAUAUGAACGGGUAAUAGAAAAAGAAAACCAACGGCAUGUAUUACUGGCCCAAGAAGUUAAAAAACUGCGUGAAGAACGAAAAGAAAUACAGCAAAUGACAGAGAAAAACAGAGAGCUCAAGUCUUUGUUGGAAUACAACAAAGUGGAAUGGGACAGCGAUAUAAGCAGCUUAAGGUCUUCUCUCAAACAAGAAGAAGAAAAGAGAAAGAGUGCAGAAAUGCUACAUGACAUGAGCAAAGAACAGUUCCGAAGGAAGGAGGAACAGUGCCGCCAUGAAAUAGAAGAAAAGCAACAGCUGGAACUAACAUUAAGAAAUCUAGAGCUUGAAAUGAGAAGUCUGAGGAACAGCAUGAAACAGGUUGAAGAAGAACGCAAUGAAUCUCAACGACUACACACACAAGAGCAUAAUGCCAGAUUACUUCAAGAAGAAGCUCUUAAUAACUUGAGGAGAAGGAAUGAAGAGGAGGAUAACAAAAAAAGGCUCGCUAAAAGUGUUGAGCAGGUACAAGGAGAACCCUCUGAGACUAAUGUAAAGGUGAAAGACUUAACCCAGAAAAACAUAACCCUAGAAGAGGAAAUCUAUGUGCUUAAACAAGAGCUGGAGCAAGUACGAUCCCGUUAUCAAGAAGAAGAGAGCAGAUAUUUGGAUGAAAAUGAAUGCUUGAAGGAAAAGAAUGAUGAUCUAAGGAAAGAUCUUAAAGUAAACGAGGAAACCUUAACCCAAACUGUAAUCCAAUGCAACGCUCAGCUUAAUGCACUAAAGACCGAGACAAACCUACUAUGUUCAAAGUUAGAGCAUGAAAAGCAGGGAAAAGAAAGAUUGGAAACUGAACUAGAGUCAGUCCGUUCGCGGUUGAACUCUGCCCUACAGGAUCUAGAACGAAGCCAGAUUUCAAAAACCGAUGCAGAACGCACCUUGCAAAGAGAGCGUGAUGACUGGUUACGAUCCAAAGACAAACUCAAUCACGAUCUCUCAAGCCUUCGUGAAAGCCACAACAACUUGUCCCAGCAGCUUAGCAGAGCUGAGGCUAAAUCAAACACUUUUGAAAAUGACCUUCAUAGAACUGGCUUAUCUCUACAAGAGAAAACUCUCCUCUUUGAGAGUUCUCAGAGGGACCUGAAAGAAGCGCAGAACAGAAUAAAAGACCUUGAACGAUCAGUUCAAGUGGAAAAAGACCAAACCAACAAAAGCAGUAUAAAACAAGAGACAAUGCAGGAGAGACUGGCCCAGAUUACUAGUGAGAACAUGCAGCUCCGCCAACAGCUAGAGGAAGCACAAAAUAAAGGCAUUAUCAAGGAAAAAGCUGUCUGCGAUGUACAAGACAGAUUUACAGAUAUAUUCAGCAAGCUGCGAACUGACACAGAAAGACAAGUUCAGAUAGUCGAAGAGAGAAACAAGGACUUGAUCAAUAAGUCUAACGAGCUUAGAGAACAAAUUUAUAGGCUGGAGACUGAAAAAGUUGAGCGGGAGAGUUCUAUAAGACAGCUACAACAGGAGCUUGCUGAUGCUUUGAAGAAGUUAUCAAUGUCUGAGGCGUCACUUGAAGUUAUUACACGUUAUCGGAAUGACUUAGAAGAAGAAAAACAGCACCUUCACAAAGAACUUGAAAGGUUCAGGACAAAGAUACAGGAUCUAGAAGAACAGUUUCUUCAGUCGGAGAGACGUAACCAUCAGUUGAAAAAUUUAUUGGAUGAUAAGGAGAGGGAAGUGAUUGCAGCAUUCCAAAAAGUGCAGGAGCUGUCAUCUGCAACAGCUGGCAGUGAGAAGUCAGCCAAGCAACUGGAGGAACACAUACAGAAGCUUGAAAUUGAAAAUGCCAAGAUUGAAGCAACUGCAAAACAGCAGUCUGUACAGAUUGAGACACUUCAGAAAGAACUGCAGGAAUCCAUUUGUAUUCGGAAUCGACUAGAAGAUUUAGUAACUGGUUUGCAAACAUCAAAAUUUGGUUUGGAAGAGAAGUUAAACCUGCAUGUGCAUAAGCAAACUGUGCUGUCGCAAAACGCACAAGACUCUCAUAAUUUGUGGGAAGAAGAGCUGAAGUCCCGGUCACGAUUAGGUGUUCGCUUGGCAGAACUUGAUCGAUCAAAGGCAGAUUUAGUUGAACAGGUUGAAAGUGAGAAAAAGAAAGUAAGGAAAUUGUUGGAUCAGAAGAAGUCUAUGGAGGAACGCUUUGAUCAAGAAAUGAAGAGGAACAAUGACUUACAGCGUGAAGUAUCUGGACUGAAAAAACUUUUAAAGGCUACGAAGAAAAAAUUGAAGGACUUUGAAAAUGGUCAAAAACAGCCAAUUAGUAUGAAGGAAGGGUCCUACAGAGGAAGCCAUGAAACAGACAGUGAUGUCCUCAAACUAAAGGAAAAGAUUGAAGAACUUUCCUCAAAUUUGGAAAGAGAAUCCCGCAAAUACAUUCAAUUUGAGGCUUCAAAUCGUGACUUACAUGAACAGUUAUCAUCAAUGAAGGCUUCGCACAAGAAUCAUGAUCGAUUAGAGAGAAGCAAGAGGCAGCUGGAAGAAGAAGUGGCUGAGCUCCGAAGACACAUAGGUUCAAGCAAGAUGGAUCAGAGUUACAUGGAACAAUAUAAAAGAGAACUUGAUGAGAGGAGCAGGCAAGAAUUACGCCAAAAGCUGGAGGAGGUCAAUAUGUUUCUACAGGCGCAAGCUGCAUCAAAAGACAAGUUGGAACAGUUGAGAGCUGAAAAUGACACUACCGUCAAGAAUCAGUUGGAUCAUAGAAUUCAAGACCUCGAAUCUGAGCUAAACAAAAUUAAGAAUAAACAGGAAGAAAAUAUGAGCCAGAAAGACUCAUCUCUCACAGAGCUUACUAGGAUCAAAGACAUGUAUGCUGAAGAGCAGAAGACUAGAAAAUCAUUGGCUUCAAAGCUAGAAAGAGCAAAUGAAAGGCUUGCAGAAGUCAAUGCCAAGCUACUUAAUGAAAGGCAAAGGAGCAAAUCCUUGUUUGCAAGCAGUUUUCUGAACGGAAGUCUAAAUGGAAACCCUCUUUUGGAUACAAGUUCUCUUGGAGGUCUUGGUAGUAAUCCAGCUCUGACCAGAAGUCUGGGACUUGGAGGGAGUUUUCUCAACCCAGUCGGGAGUGGUUUUAGUGCUAAUGAAAUGGGAGCUUACUUUGUAAAGAUGCAGCAAGAGCUGGAAAAGAAUAUCACUAAAGAAUUGGACCAAGCAAAUGCAGAGCUGGAUACAGGAUGUGCCAGAGUCUCCCCUGUGGGUUCAACAGGCGGUUCCAUGAGAAACCUAAGCAAUGACCAGGACCUUGUUUCCCAAGCAAGACAGCAGUAUCUGGAGGUCUUAAAGAAAAAUUACAAAAUUUAAACACUACUAGAACAUUCUAAACUUGAAAUUUGUUUACAGUAAAGAUAAAUCUUAAUGUGAAAAUGUUUUUAUGCUGUCUUAGCCAGUCAUCUGGUUUGCAAAGAUGCACAAUGCACUUGCACUCAAAUCGCAUCACUUAACAGAGCUGUGAUGAAUUGUUUUAUAUUGUAUUUUAUUUAUGUAUUUAUUGUGUUUUACUAUACUCCCUCCAUUGAACCACUA